AUGAAGUCAGUUUGCAGGACCGACACAAUAUUCGUGAAGACUGCGUUACUUUGUUAUCACCGAAAGCAAAGCAAGGCCAUCCAUACAUUAACCGUACAGGGUGGCAACAUUCUAACGACCCUGAUUCAUUGCUUCACUUUUUCUGCCAUUUUCAAAGCAUACAAAGAUAAACUGCACAAAAUC